AUGCCCACAUGCCUGGCGCUGCGAGCAGCAGGAGCAGGAGCAGGAGCCAGACAAGAGGAGCAUGAAGGAGCCAGACAUACAAGCAAGUACGGAUACGGAUGGAGUGUGGUGAAACUUAUCUUCCCUUCCGGGUGUCUCCUUCCCCUGCCCUUCCUUACCUCACCUCUACUCCUUCCGUCUCACCCACCCAACAACCAACCGCCCCUUCUGUCUGCAUGUGCUUUCUCCUCCUUUACUCCUCUCAAUGUCAUCCAAGAGUUUAAGUCAACACCAUUGAGAUCAGACCUCGGCCCAUUGAGCUCUGGACCAGUAGAUCUGUUUCUUCUUCGGGCACACAACUUCAGCCACAGGCAUCCCGGAACCUGCCAGCCUUGGAUCCAUCCAUGUUGCCCACUGUACAUCCGCCGUGGUGAGACUGCACUUGUCUGCACUGUCGCGGCCAGCAACGUUCAUCAGUAA